AUGAACGAGGUUACAGACAUAUCAACUGUCGUGCAUGGUAAAACAGAUGAUAAGAUGCAAUCCAAGAUAUGGUUUGGUUUCUUCAAGUCGGUCUUCGACUUCCUCGAUAAUGCGGGGAUUCCGAGCUGGGAAGAUACAGAAAAUCUAGUCAAGAUUUCUGUACUAGACACUGGAGUUAAUAUGGACAACCCGUUUCUGCGGCUCAAUAGAGAUCGGAUAGAUAGCACAAGUUUUAUUGACACUGGAGAUACUAACGAUACAGACGGUCAUGGCACCCACAUCGACGCCCUGCUGCUCAAGAUGGCUCGGAAUGCGAAAAUAUAUGUGGCCAAAGUUGCGGAGACCCACGAUAGCCCAGACUCGGUGGCAAUUGCCGAGGCCAUUGAGUUCGCCAGAAAAGAGUGGAAGGUAGACAUUAUAAACAUGUCCUUUGGGUUUAUGGAGCCCUGCGAACCAAUACGGCAAGAGAUUCAGCUCGCUCAUUCAGCCGAUAUUAUAAUGUUUGCCGCUGGUCAUAACGAUGGGGGAAAUCGGCCGAUCGCAUUUCCUGCAAAUUCAGCCAAUGUGAUAGCCAUCGGCGCGACUAACAGCCAUGGAAAAGAUUCCGGUUUCGGUCCAUUCAUGGGAAUCAUCUCGUUAGGAAAAUCCAAGAGCGGAACAUCAUUCGCGACACCUAUUGCCGCUGGAAUUGCUGCUCUGACUAUGGACUACGUCAGCUAUCUAAAGGAUCCCGAGUUCUAUCCACUUCCACCAAAAGCGAAGACCGAAGAUGAAGUUAAGGAGGUACUUGAGGACCGACAGGUUGUUGCGGCCAGGAUCAAGACUUUGGAGGGGAUGACAGCAGCUCUGAGAAGACUGUCGGUGGACUCGAACAGUUAUCAGUAUCUCUCUCCGUGGACUCUUUUUGACCUCAGACAGAGGGAUGAAGUUCCGUCUAUUUUGCUCAACUGUCUUAGGGGCUUGAGAUGA